AAGUUGCCUCUUGCGGCACAGUAGUAGAUUUCCUACCUAAUUUCACGCGGUGCUGGAAUGGUUUAUCUCACUAUAACAACUGCCAAACCCUAACCCUAUCAACAACAUUGCUUUCAAGUUGGUGCCGGGAAAGAAAGGGGUUUUCUUUAACAGCGCUGAGACAUUUGUUCGGGCUUGCCACGAAAUUCUCCCCAGAACGUGGACAGCGAAUUGCGUUUGCUGUGGAAAUCUUUCUCAACUUUGAUCCAGUUUGGAACGAUGCGGACCGGAUAUUAACUGAUUCAUUUGGCCAAAACCUCAAAGCAAUCAUUGCUGCUGUGUUUUCAGUGCGGGCAUCCCAGCCAACAAACACCGGUUUGAAUUGAAAACAACCGGGGAGCUUCAGCCUGAACGAAAUAGGAGCAAGAGAUAACAAGGCGUGGAGCUGGAUGAACACAAGAGGCCAAGCAGCAUCUUAGGAGCGGGAACUUUUUUGCCAUUCGCUAUCCCGUUCGCGGUUGCUUCCUGAUGUAGGAAUGAUUUUUUUUGUUGGUAAAUGUAUUGUAGCUUCCAGUGUUGGUGGGAACACUUCAUUGUGGUCUUUAAGUCUCAUGUCAGAACAGGACACGGUGCUGAGGGGGUAAUAGGGUGAUGAUUGGGUGUGUGUGUGUGUGUGUCUGAGAGAGAGAGAGGGAAGGGGCCGCACCGCUGCUUAUUUUGACGCCCAUGUGAUCCCGAGGCAGUCCGAUCGAUUGGAGAAGAGAGAAAGCGCGGAGGGGAAGGAAGCUCAGACACCGCGGGGGUCGGAGUCCACUCCUUUCCUCCGGACGCCUGUCAGAGCGGGGACGGCAGCGCAACCUCCCUCCCUGCAGGGAAACUGGAAACCAGACUUAGGCCGGCGAACGGUGAAGCGAUAACUCGGCCGGAGGUGCCCGCAGCGAGCGGCGGGGACCGGUGACCGCUGUUCCCAAGCCCCAGAGAAGCCCGGCUGCAGCUUUCAAUGCAGCGCUCUGUUGGAGCCGAGGCAUCGUGAUGGAGAGAGAUGCCUUCCUUCUUGUUCAGCUCCUGACCCUCGCUGUUUGGGGGAAUAGUUUGCUGACAUCUAGUCUGUCAGCAAACAACAAUACAAAUCUACACAAUCAGUCAGAACCAAACCAGACAGAGUGGGAACCAAAUCAAACCUGUAACGAGACUCUUAUGCUGGAAAUAGUGCACUUGUGUGGGUACCAUUUUGCAAACCAACUAAAUACAAUGAAUUCCAGUGACUGGUGCAACUUCACACUCAUUGCUGGCUAUUACAGUACAUUCUCAUAUUGCGCAGAAAACGUCGUAGAAGGAAUUUCCUGCUUCUGGCCAAAUCCACAAGUGGAAAACUAUGUUAUUGAUAUCCAUAAACAUUUCUUUUCAAACUGUACUUUGGAGAUGCUAAUGUUCCAGGACCCUCCUGACAAGAUACUCAUUGCCCUCAUCACAGUGCCUAUUUUACUGACCAUAAUAAUGAUAGCAAUCGUAGUAUGGUGUAGUAAAAGGAACGAUGUACUGAUGUAGAUUUAAAAAUGCAUAUUGAACAAGAUGACAAAGCUACUACUUUACAAUUACGCUACCUUAAUGUGAUUGAAUCUAUUCCACUGAUAAUGUUUAGAUUGUUGCUCAUCAUCUUCAGUUGGAAGAGGAUAACCAGUGAUUCUCUCAGAACACACAGCUGCAGCAGAGAUAGGUUAAAGUUAUGGACUGUCUUAGGUAAAAAACAGUGUCUGAUUUGUUCAAUAACAAAAACGUCAAUCCUAUAGACUCAACUGGACAUAACUAAAUUGUGUUACAGACUCAAAUGGCUCAAAAACUUAACAUAGUUUUAUCAAACUCACACUUUUCUGGAUGACUAGUUAUAUUCAUGGGCCAACAUUGGAAAUUGUACUGUUAACUGCCCAAAUGUACAGUAAGUUAUAAAGCCAGCUAUGUAAAAGUGAGAUGAAACAUAAUUGAAGACAAUCAAAUGAAGAAGAUAUCAGCACUUACUGAAAAUAAACUUGCCUAAUUCCACUUUAAGAGAUUUCUCAGAGUUGGAGGGUGUGGAGCAAACUCCAGGAAGGAUGUUGAAAGUGCUUCCCAGAGAAGGAGAAGAAUGAAAGGAAAUGGUUGACUGUGCUUUGAUCAGGAGUGGUCGGGGCUUCUGCAACAGCUCCUCAUUUCCUAAGCUCUCUAAUAUGACAUAAGACUGAAUAUGCUGCUCAUCUCCUUCCACUUUAUUUUGGACAGAGGAAAAAUUUCAAAGAUUGUGAUGCGACAAACAUUUUUCCAUUAAGAUCUUAGUGUUUAACAGACAUAGCAAAAUAAACAAUUAUAACUAUAAAAUGAACAAUGGUCAGAAUACAAUAGUCUUACUGCAAUUUGUGAUUGGUAUAAUGUGUUGUAGAAGUGAAUGUUGCUUUAUUGUGUUCUGUUGUCUGUCUGAAAUGACAUUUACCUGCUGUGUAUAAAACAAAUGACCUUUCACACAACGUUAAAGCUAAAAGACACCUUCUGGCAAAUUCCUGACACCAAGACUGCAUUUGACUGCACAGCAUCCCAUUUAACAUGUUCAGUAAUUUUCAAGGCAGCUCGUAGAGCUUGUUUAGAUACUCUUUGCACUGCUAAGCAUGGGCUAGUGAUCCUGGCAAUGUCAUCUAGAUUAUGUUGCCAGCGCAUUCUGUCACUGAAUUGACUGGUCUGUUGGGUGAGAGACAUUGCUCCUCAAUCUUUGUGACUGAAUAUGCACAUUAAUAUAAAAAAUGCUUGGCUUCUGUCUGGCCUUCAAGGACAUUUUCAGGUGGUUUUAGAAACAGCAUUGGUCAGGAAGUGGUUACCUAAUUUAAGUGAGUCUGGAAAACAUUUACACCACUACAGGAUAGGAUUUUGUACAAUCCAACCCACCCAACUUUCAUUAUGGUGAGAAGUUGGAUGGGACAUACUAACCUUGGGAUCUGCUCAGCCUUGAAGCAGGAAUACUUCAAUGUACUGAGUCCCUGCCCCUGUUAGACCCAGGUCACACCCCUGCCACACCAUGGUUCCACUUGCCAGAAAGACUAGAGGAAAUAUCAGGGAAAGUUUAGAACCCAGAGUGCAUAGGAUUGAUCUAAUUUUCAGCUAUCUUGCCAUAUUACACUUUCAAGCAGGGUUACAUUGAAAUUAUACAGAAGAGCUGAGGAUUUUGUUGUCAUUACAUUGAGUGUCAAAGUUGAGGAUAUGUCUAGUGAGUGAGAGAAUUUAUUGCAUUUUACAACGCUUCAAGCUCCAAUUGAUAGAUAUGGUUUUGUUCUAAUUUUUAAACAGCCUAAGGCAUAAAUGUUUUCAGUUAUGGUAAAAAGUUGUAUUUACUUCGAAAUGUGGACAUAAAUUAAUUAUAUUUCAUUUGAAUUCCCCACUGAUCUGACUUGGGUGAGGCCAAGUCAGAGGUUUUUGUGCUUUUUCUCUGAGACUCAGGUUCCCAAAGGCACCCAUCUUCAAAAUAAUUGUAUGUAGAGAAAUGACCAAUAAAGUAUACUUAAUAAUAAUAUAGCGAUAGUAGGGUAUUUAAUUCAAAAUGAUUUUAUUUAAACUUUCUUUGGUCCAUGUUGAAAUAGGAGCCCCUAAGUAUUUGUAACAAAUUAGUUUAUUUACAAUUUUAGAAAAUGCAGCAAUUCAAAAAGCACAAUUGCUAUACAGAAUGACAUGUUUGUCGUUGUUAGUUUUCUGUAUCAAAUUCUUCCAGUUUCAAUGAACAACACGUCUGAAGUGGGACAACCAUUGUAACCAUUCAUUCUGAUUCAAAUAACAGUAAAAUAUUUGACCUGCUUCAAAGUUACCUAAUUUCAUUCUGACAAUGACCAGUUUUGUAACACAAAUUUAAUUCACAGUAAUUGGAGAAGGAAGAAUGAGGCUCUUAAGUGUCCUUGAAGCCUUUAUUUAUUUAUUUGCCAUUCUUUAUUCAGUGUCCUCUAGCCCAUUUCUAUUAAAAGUCAUAUCAUCUAUUUCUAGAUCUCUAUCGAUGUUAGAGGCAGCAUGCCUGAGAAUAUUCUUUACAUUUUUGUCUGGAAAUGUUUAGUUUCUGCUUGGUAAUUGUUGAUGAUCUGAGAGAUUGGGAAUCUUCUGAUUCAUAGUUCCCAAAUACGAACAACACCUGCUACUUAACAAUGACAGUUACAAUUUUUUUUAAGUAUUGCUGCACUCUGACCCCUGUGUCUUGUAAAGUAGAAAAUGCAAUUUACUUAAACCCUGCCAUAAUCCUAAAGAUGGAAGCAAGAUAAAAUCCAGUGUAAUCUUGAUGGAUUAUCUGGAACUGAUAUGAAACCAAAUCAAAAGAAAGAAGAGAUCUGCUUUGAGGUGGGAUGUUGGGGUCACACAAUACAGAAACUGUGGACAUAGUCUUGAGCAAAACUUCCAUGAAACCAUUGUAAUCAGACAUUGAUCAAAUAAUCAGUUAAGCACUAGUGUCUGCUGCCCUUCUAUGUUUUGAACAAUUUAAAUAAAUGAAGCUGGGCAUUAUGCAUAUGUCCACGUGAAGUUGACUGUUAGACUGCUGGGCUAUUCAGUUUGCGUUCCAACAAACUCUGUGUUGCACUUAGUCACAUAGCUCAAUCUAUUAGUAUCAAACCUUUACUGAUAUAUUUUUCAUUUGAAGGUAGUGAAAUUUUUUGCAGUGUGGUCCCACAGGUGUCAUCAGCUCUCCAGUAUAUUGUUCAAGUGGUCUUUUGACAUAUCCAAACGGAAAUAGCAUCAGCAGACAAGUUGAUCAAUGGAUGUACCACAGCUAACUUCUCCUUACCUGAUGAUUAUUCAGAUGUAUUUUUCAAAAGUAACUAGUGAAUGGCCACAGUGGCAAGCCCUCUGCCAGUUGGACCAAUGAUAUUUCUAACAUUUGAAGCCAGUUAACUCCACUCAGGCUCAGAUUCAAAUUUGGCAUCUUGACGCUUUUUGAUGCACCAUAUGAUACAUUUACCCAUCAAACCACUGGAAGAAGGCCCACCAACCUCAAUCAAUAUUAGGGAAUGGAAUUAAUAGAACAAAGAACUUCAGAUGCUGGAGAUCUGAAACCAAAACAGAAAUUGCUGGAGAAAUUCAGUUGGUCUGGGCAGCAUCUGUGGGAAGAAAGCAGAGUGACAUGGUGUCCCAACGGUUAGCACUGCUGCCUCACAGCACCAGGAACUCUGGUUUGAUUCUACCUUUGGGUGACUGUCUGUGUGGAGUUUGCAUGUUUGCUCCAUGUCUCUGUGGGUUUCCUCCGGGUGCCCAGGUUUCCUCCCACAGUCCAAUGACUUUGCAGGUUAUGUGGAUUGGCCAUGCUAAAUUGCUCAUAGUGUUGAGGGAUGCAACGAUUAGGUAGAUUAUAGGGAGAUGGGUUUGGGUGGGAUAAUCUGAGGGUCAGUGUGGACUUGUUGGGCCAGAGGGCUUGUUUCCACACUGUAGGGUUUCGAAAUAUAAACUGAUGACUCUUCAUCAGGUAAAAUGUUAACUCUGCUUUCUUCCCACAGAUCUGCUGAAUUUCUCCAGCAAUUUCUGUUUUUCUUGGGGAACUGACUGGUCUGUGAAUGUGGUUAUGAUUUAUCAGUUCUGACUUGUAAAGCCAGAGAUUGCUGAUGACUCUUUCUUAGUUUUCCUUUUGAAUCUACCUCUGUUCACCUAAAUAAAACACAGGAGUAUUACCGUGCUUGACUUUGCAGUGCUUGAAAAUGCCUGUUUUGUUUUUAAUUAACAGCGCAUUAUUUUAAAGCUAGGUUCUUGAUAUUACAUCCAGUGCAUAUAAACUGCCUGUAGUUAGUUAAGUAUGUUAUGCUCCAGUACACAUUAUUCCUGUGGGUGGUUAAGUCUAUAUUAUGCUCCAGUGCACAUUACAUUCAAGGUUAUAACAUGUUAGAAUUUUAAAAAGGCUUGAAAGAUAUCUGUAUAUAUGGUUGUUAUUAAACAUUUAUGGUCAAAAAUGAGUCCCAAUAUUUUGAAAUUAGUAAGAAAGCUUUGAUAUGUAGGUGGGGUGCUGUGCAUCUUGAAUUUUCAAUGUUUCCAAAUACUACAUAAGCUAUAUAGUCUA